CAUAAAGUUGCACUGCAUGCCAGAACAGAGCAGGGCUCUCUUCACAAGACACACAUUCCUCUAAUCCCCUCCCCUCUCCUCAGUCCCUCGCUCACUGAAAGCUGAAGAAAGUAGCUGGCCACUCCCUCGUGCAUGCCACCAGCCACCCCCCACCCCUUCCCCUGGACGCAUCUGCUUGGCGACGCCCGCGCCCUCCUUGGAUUCUUGCACUUGGAGCUUCCCUUCUUCUACCUCCCGGCGUUCUCAUCGCCCAGCCGAUCGAGAGCGAGAUCUGCAUCGCUAGCUCGUCCCGGCCCGGCGCUUUCCUAGGGAUCGCCACGCGCAGGGGGGGGGGGGGGAGCGAAAAAGCCCUUCUUGGAGCCCUCUGCUUGGCCUCUCCCUCUCUCGUGUUGCAAAGCUGCAGGCGGGCAGCAUGGCCGCACCGCCGCUGCUGCUGCUGGUAGGCGCGCUGGCAUUGCUAGCCCAGGAGCAGGUGGCGCGGUGCGACGCCGCGGCGACGUGCGUCGGCGUGGCCCCGGCGAAGCGCCGGCCCGAGGUGGUGUCCAUCGCGGACUUCGGCGGCGUGGGCGACGGCCGGACGCUCAACACGUGGGCGUUCCGCAAGGCAGUGUACCGCAUCCAGCACCGGCGGCGGCGCGGCGGCACCGAGCUGCGCGUGCCGGCGGGGACGUGGCUCACCGGCAGCUUCAACCUCACCAGCCACAUGACGCUCUUCAUCGCCAGGGGCGCCGUGCUCAAGGCCACGCGGGACGCCGCGGGGUGGCCGCUGGUGGAGCCGCUGCCGUCGUACGGACGGGGGCGGGAGCUGCCGGGGCCGAGGUACGCCAGCUUCAUCAACGGCAACGGCCUCCGCGACGUCGUCAUCACAGGUGACAAGGGAGUCAUCGACGGGCAAGGUGAGGUGUGGUGGAACAUGUGGAGGCAGAGGACUCUUCAGCACACCAGGCCCAACCUUGUGGAGUUCAUGCAUUCCACUGGCAUUCACAUCUCCAACAUCGUCCUCAAGAACUCACCCUUCUGGAACAUCCAUCCUGUUUACUGCGACAAUGUGGUCGUGACCAACAUGAUGAUCUUGGCACCACACGACUCCCCAAACACAGAUGGAGUCGACCCAGAUUCCAGCACCAACGUGUGCAUCGAGGACUCGUACAUCUCAACCGGCGACGACCUCGUGGCGAUCAAGAGCGGCUGGGACGAGUACGGGAUCGCCUACGGGCGGCCGAGCUCCGGCAUCACCAUCCGCCGCGUGCGGGGCUCGUCCCCGUUCAGCGGCAUCGCCAUCGGCAGCGAGGCCUCCGGCGGCGUGCGCGACGUCCUCGUGGAGGACUGCAGCAUCUUCAACAGCGGCUACGGCAUCCACAUCAAGACCAACGUCGGCCGCGGCGGCUACAUCCGGAACGUCACCGUCGACAACGUGCGCAUGAGCGGCGUGCGCAGCGGCGUCCGCAUCGCCGGCGACGUCGGCGACCACCCCGACGGCCGGUUCAGCCAGCUCGCCGUGCCGACGGUGGACGCCGUGCGGAUCCGGAACGUGUGGGGCGUCGGCGUCCAGCAGCCGGGGUCCCUGGAGGGGAUCAGGAACUCGCCGUUCACGCGGAUCUGCCUCUCCAACGUCAAGCUCUUCGGGUGGAGGAGCGGCGCGGCGUGGAGGUGCCGGGACGUGCGCGGCGGCGCGCUUGGGGUGCACCCGUCGCCGUGCGCCGAGCUCGCCACCAGCUUCGCGUCGGCUGCAGGGUCCUGCAGCUAUUAGUGCUUAACCCGGCUGGCAGGAUGCUGAAUCUCUGCUCUGUUUUUCUUUAGCUUGGGCUUGUGUUUUAGUUGUGUUAGAGAUUCAUGUCCUGGGAUCACCUUAUUAGGCUUUCUGCUAAUUGUUCAGGGAACCUUAGAUAUAAUUUGGUAGUAGUAUAAUGCUCAGCUGCUGUGUGCUUAAUCUGAUGCCAAGUGCAAACAUGUGUCGUGAACUGAUGGUAAGUUACUCUGAAUGAUUAAGGAAACCUUGGGUGGGAGCUUAACCUCA